CACCAUGAGCCUCAGCGAGGGGCAGGUGCACAAGUUCCUGGAAGAGAACCCCAGCUUUGCAGACUGGUACUUUGGGAAGAAGCUGAGCCCCGAGAAUGUGGCCAGCGCCUGUGAGGAGAGGCCCCCUGUGGACUGCACCAGCUUCCGUGAGCUGUGCCAGGUGGAGGAGAGCAUGGCGCUGUUUGAGCUGGUGCAGGACAUGCAGGAGAGUGUGAACAUGGAGCGGGUGGUCUUCAAGAUACUGCGGCGCCUCUGCACCAUCGUGCGUGCUGACCGCUGCAGCCUCUUCAUGUACCGCCAGCGCAACGGCGUGGCUGAGCUGGCCACACGCCUCUUCAGCGUGCAGCCCGGCACUGUCCUGGAGGACUGCCUGGUGCCUCCCGACCAUGAGAUCGUCUUCCCCCUGGACAUUGGGGUUGUGGGCCACGUGGCUCAGACCAAGAAAAUGGCCAAUGUCCGGGAUGUGACCGAGUGCCCCCACUUCAGCGCCUUUGCCGAUGAGCUGACUGCCUACGAAACAAGGAAUAUCCUGGCCACUCCGGUUAUGAACGGCAAGGACGUUGUGGCUGUGAUCAUGGCUGUGAACAAGCUCGACGGCCCAUAUUUCACAAGUGAAGAUGAAGAUGUUUUCUUGAAGUACCUGAAUUUUGGCACAUUAAACCUGAAGAUCUACCACUUAAGCUACCUCCACAACUGUGAGACGCGCCGAGGCCAGGUGCUGCUGUGGUCGGCCAACAAGGUGUUUGAGGAGCUGACAGACGUCGAGAGGCAGUUCCACAAGGCCUUCUACACUGUGCGGGCUUAUCUGAACUGUGACCGAUACUCGGUGGGCCUACUGGACAUGACCAAGGAGAAGGAAUUCUUUGACGUGUGGCCCGUGCUGAUGGGAGAAGCCCAGGCAUACUCAGGCCCACGCACACCCGAUGGCCGGGAAAUCCUCUUCUACAAAGUCAUCGACUACAUCCUCCAUGGCAAGGAAGACAUCAAGGUCAUCCCCACACCCCCAGCUGACCACUGGGCCCUGGCCAGUGGCCUUCCAACCUACGUGGCAGAAAGUGGCUUUAUCUGUAACAUUAUGAAUGCCCCCGCUGAUGAAAUGUUCAAAUUUCAGGAAGAGCCUCUGGAUGACUCUGGGUGGGUCAUCAAGAAUGUCCUCUCCAUGCCCAUUGUCAACAAGAAAGAGGAGAUUGUGGGGGUUGCAACGUUUUACAACAGGAAAGAUGGGAAGCCCUUUGAUGAGCAGGAUGAAGUCAUCAUGGAGUCCCUCACGCAGUUCCUGGGCUGGUCGGUGCUGAAUGCCGACACCUACGACAAGAUGAACAAGUUGGAGAAUCGCAAGGACAUCGCCCAGGACAUGGUUCUGUACCACGUGAAAUGUGACAAAGAUGAGAUCCAGGCCAUCUUGCCAACCAAAGAGCACCUGGGGAAGGAGCCUGCUGACUGUGAGGAGGAUGAGCUGGGGGAAAUCUUGAAGGAAGUGCUGCCGGGGCCCAAGAAGUUUGACAUCUAUGAGUUCCACUUCUCUGACCUGGAGUGCACAGAGCUGGAACUGGUCAAAUGCGGCAUCCAGAUGUAUUAUGAGCUGGGGGUGGUCCGCAAGUUCCAGAUCCCCCAAGAGGUCCUGGUGCGCUUUCUGUUCUCCGUGAGCAAAGGCUACCGGAGAAUCACCUACCACAACUGGCGCCACGGCUUCAACGUGGCGCAGACGAUGUUCACGCUGCUCACGACCGGGAAGCUCAAGAGCUACUACACGGACCUGGAGGCGUUGGCCAUGGUGACCGCCGGCCUGUGCCACGACAUCGACCACCGCGGUACCAACAACCUGUACCAGAUGAAAUCCCAGAACCCCUUGGCCAAGCUCCACGGCUCCUCCAUUCUGGAGCGGCACCACCUGGAGUUCGGCAAGUUCCUGCUCUCGGAGGAGACCCUGAACAUCUACCAGAACCUGAACCGGAGGCAGCACGAGCACGUCAUCCACCUCAUGGACGUCGCCAUCAUCGCCACCGACCUGGCGCUCUACUUCAAGAAGAGGACCAUGUUCCAGAAGAUUGUGGACGAGUCUAAGAACUACGGGGACAGGAGGAGCUGGGUGGAGUUCCUGUCCCUGGAGACCACGAGGAAGGAGAUCGUCAUGGCCAUGAUGAUGACGGCCUGUGACCUGUCUGCUAUCACCAAGCCCUGGGAGGUCCAGAGCAAGGUGGCUUUGCUGGUGGCAGCUGAGUUCUGGGAACAAGGUGACUUGGAAAGAACAGUUCUGGAUCAGCAGCCCAUUCCCAUGAUGGACAGGAACAAGGCAGCCGAGCUCCCCAAACUGCAGGUUGGCUUCAUCGACUUCGUGUGCUCAUUUGUGUACAAGGAGUUUUCCCGUUUUCACGAGGAGAUCCUGCCCAUGUUCGAACGGCUGCAGAACAACAGGAGGGAGUGGAAGGCCCUGGCCGAUGCGUACGAGGCGAAGGUGAAGGCCCUGGCGCAGCAGGAAGAGGAGAGGACCACGGCCAAGAAAGGGGGCACAGAAAUUUGCAAUGGUGGCCCAGCACCCAAGUCUUCAACCUGCUCCAUCCUGUGAGCCUCCAGAGGGAAGGUUCCCUCCCACCACACGCCCACUGGGACUCGGCCUCUAACCAUUUGGUGCAAGAGGUUAGGACACCCAAGAAAAUGAUUGAAGAGAAUUUUGGCUAGUUUGAAAUUUUAAGGUUUGUUUUUAUUAACUGAAGCCAACUACAAAUGAACAGAUAACCUUACACUCACCCACCUUCUGGACACAGAGACCUCGAGAAGCACCUGUGAGCCGUGUCUGCAGGCACUAGGGGACAGAAUGCACAACUGCACACGUGAUGUACAUAUAGAUGCUAUCUCUCAUCUGACUUAGGAAAAACACAUGACCAGAAAUUUAGAAUAAAAUGAAAAGGAAACAA